AUGGGGGAAAUUUCGAAGGAUAUAGAAGUUAUGGAAGCUGUUGCACUUUCUGACCCAUCGGAAGAAGGGUAUGAGAGAGAAAAUGUGGAGGCUGAAAAGGAGGUGACCACCGCAAGGGGUGGUGGCCGGAAAGUUUUGGCCGCCAUGAAGGAGAAGUUGUUUGAGUUCAAAAGGGCUGUGGAGGGUCGGUGGGUGGCAUACUUUGGCGGUGGGAAUUUGGAAAGAACCAGAGCCUACCAUUUUUGGCCUGGGAAAAAUGUGUUUUUCUUUCAUGGGAGGCUCAUAUGUGGUCCGGAUCCAAGAGGGUUGAUGCUGACAAUUGUUUCUAUUAUUCUAUCAAGUUGGAUUUUCACCAUCUAUGUUGGGGAGGAUUUACCGAGUAAUUCUAGACUCAUCAUCAUCAUCAUCUCCAUCAUUUUGACCAUUAUUGUUCUUGUGAAUUUGAUUCUGGUUAGCUCAAUUGAUCCGGGAAUUAUUCCUAGAAAUGAUCAAGAAUCCACUGAAGAUGUUGGUACUAGCAAUGGCAAUAGGAGGAGGAGGGUAACCAUUAAUGGAGUGGAAAAGAAACUCAAAUAUUGUCGGAUUUGCAAGAUUUAUCGUCCACCCAGGAGUUGCCACUGUGCUGUAUGCGACAACUGUGUUGAGAAAUUUGAUCACCAUUGCCCCUGGAUUGGUCAAUGCAUUGCACUCAGGAACUAUAGGUUUUACCUGACAUUUGUGGUAUCAGGCCUGGUUUUCUUUGUUUACAUAUUUGCCUUUUCCUGCUGGAGAAUCCACCAAAGAAUAUUGAGAAAUGGAACAGGAUUCCUUGGGAUCCUCACGAAUUGUCCUGAAACAGUGGCAUUGGUGUCUUUUAGUUUUGCUGCCAUUGCCUUCCUGGGUGGUCUUGCUAUCUACCAUGUCUACCUAACUGCUAUAAACCAGACAGCUUAUGAGAAUUUUCGGCAGCGGUUUGUGGUUUCUAAGAAUCCAUAUGAUAAAGGAAUCAUAAAUAAUAUUAUGGAGGUAUUAUUUGUAGCACUGCCACCUUCUAGAGUUGAUUUUCGUGCUGAGAUUACACCAAAACAGUUUUCAACAGCUCAAGGGAAGUCUGAGAAACUGAAAAUUGAUACCCAAUCUCCCAGGUGGCAUUCGAAAUUGGCCAAAAUAUUGAAGAAUAUUAAAGGAAUAUCUUACCGUAUUGAUGUACAAGAAGGUGUCGCACAUGUUAAUGGUAGAAUAGAUCCAAAAAACCUUCUGAAGAAGCUAGAAAAAGCAGGGAGAGUGGCAGAACUCAUGGAAGUUCAUUCUUCUGAUCUUGCCUAUGGCCAUUACCAGACCAUGUUUGACCAUCACUAUGAUGUGCAUUUCAAUGGCCAUCCAUUUUAUGAUCAUUAUGGAAGAUCAGAGCCUUCAUAUCAUUAUCCUUACAAUUAUCACACGUAUAAAUCCCAGCCUAGCCAGUAUGAACCUUAUUACAAUGACCCGUGGGCACGGUAUCCAUAUUACUGGUAUGAGCCUCCGGCGCAAUGCUUUCCGCAGCCGCCGUCGCCGGUGGAGGUCCAUCCCUUCUAUGAUCCACACUACUCAUGCUCAAUCAUGUAA